AUGGGUUGCUCCUGGCCGUCUUUAUCCCGCUGGAACAACACUGCACCGAUUGCGAUCUGGGAUGCAUCGCACUUGAUGAAAAAGUGCCGCUUGAAGUCCGCAUAUACCAAAACUGGCGCAGUAGUUAGGGCCAUUUUCAAGGACUCUACUGCCAGCUGUGCUUCUGGACUCAAGGAAAACUUCUUAUUUCCCGUCUUCUUCAAGGAUUCCGUGAGCGGAGCUGCCAACGUCGCGGAGUUCUUUAUAAACCGACGGUACCAACCAGCGGUUCCAAGAAAGGCUCUCACUUCUUUCAUGAUCCUUGGCUCAGGCAUCCGCCUAAUAGCUGCUACACGCCCUGGAUUCAUCCGCAGACGUCCUCCACCCACUAUGAAGCCGAGGCAUUCAGCGACUCGGCGAAGAUACUUCAAGUGCGUUCUCAUGUCAGGCGCUAGUAUUAGCAGGUCAUCCAAGUAGACGAACACAUUCGAGCGGAUUUCAGCUGGAAUCACACGGUCCAUGAGCCUCACCA